AGACCUUAACUGGGGACUCUUCUGUUUCCUAUUAAUACGACUUAAAAGAAUCCUCCCUUCCCCACUUCACCUAUCUCCAUAUUUCACUCCUAUAUACUUGUCAGCAAUUUCUAUAACAUUUCUUCCAUCUCUUAUGGCUGACUCGGAUCAAUCCACAACUUUGAAUGAAAAAUCUGCUGGCUCUCAAGAGGAUAAAAGUCAAGACUCUGAGCUUCAUUUCUCUGAAGAUGAGGAAAUUCUCAUCAUUAGGAUGUUCAACUUGGUUGGUAAAAGGUGGUCUUUAAUUGCUGGAAGAAUCCCUGGAAGAACUGCAAAGGAAAUUGAGGAGUAUUGGAAUACAAGAUCUGCAACCAGUCCAUGAUGUCUAGCUAGACAAUGUCCAGUGGCAAUUUCUUCAAGAGAACCUGGGAAAUUAUCUUGUUUGCUUGUUUGUGCAUGUAACUUCUGCUUUCGGUUAAAAUAUGUUGGUCUGGUUUUUUAUCCCCCUUCUUUGAGGGUUUGGUGCUUGUUGGUCUGGUUUUUUUACUUGUUAGGUGCCUGCAGAUUGCGUAUGGCUCAUUGCAGUGCUGCUGUUUUGUUCUGGAGUUACAUUAUGAAGUCUUAUUUCUUUUGUUUGCACUA